AUGGCGCCCGCCGCCUCUCCAUUGGAGCGCGAUAAUGAGCGUGUUGGACCACACCCAUCGUAUAUCGAAGUUGCGAAGCCCUAUAUCCUGCAGUCGCGUAUGCAGAAAUGUCUGUCAGAUAUACACAUGAGCGAUGCCAAAGAGGAUGCUGUCCGUCUGCAAGGCGUCGCCUGGAUAGACCAAGUGCGACGCGCACUCCAACUGCCCAUCCGCACCUUUAACACUGCCGUCAUCUACUACCACAAGUUCAGGCUGUUGCACGCGGACAAUGAGUACAAUUGGGCAGAUGCGGCAGCCGCAGCACUCUUCACAGCGUGUAAAAUCGAGGACACCUUGAAGAAGAGCAGGGAAAUCUUAUGCGCUCACUGGAACCUCAAGGUUGGCCCUGGCGAGAGCCUAAGUAGCGACGAUCCGCGCUUCGAGAACCACUCCAAACUCAUCAUCGGCCUUGAACGGCUCAUGCUCGAAAGCGCCGGCUUCGACUUUCGCAAUCGAUACCCCCAGAAAGUCAUGGUCAAGCUUGCUAGGGCCCUGCGAUUCGACGCGAAAGACGAGGCCAAAACAACCUGGAACCUGAGCAUCGAUUCAUACAGGACUUUUGCACCGCUGAAGCAGUCCACACCGACUCUGGCUAUUGCGUGUCUAGAGCUUGCCGCACGGCUGCAUGGAAAAGACACUACGAAAUUCGUGGAUGCGGGACCCGUAAGGUACAGCAAGUGGGCUACUAGUCGAGCAGAGAUUAUGGAGACCCUCCUUGAUCUACUCGACCUGUACACCCAUCACCGCAGCGCAACCUCGGUCGGACCCUCUUACACACUUGAGCACUUCAUCAACAUCCGCAUUGGACUCAAUCAGGAGGCUUCGGCAGCGAAUAUACCACGUUAUUCUCGGUACAAGUCGGAGUCUGUCGCCGAUGCCGGAAGCACCACAAACGGCGCCAAGCCUCGCAACGGCAUCGACCCGACAAGCCCAUUCACACCAGCUACUCCCAUCGCACAUUCGCCUGCCGCAGAUCAAGCGCCAAAAUCUGCAAUCGGAAUUCGCGGUCAGAAUGGUACGGUCAGGUUCAUGCUGGACGCAGCCCGUGCACACGAUGAACGCGCCGAGGUUGAGAAGUUUCACAAGCUCGAGGAAGAAGAGUACGAAGUAGAGGUGCCAAUAUCGAGUGAAUCAAGGACGGAUGAUAGGGAGAGAGAAAGAGCAAGAGUUGGCAGAGUGCGUUGA